AUGCGUGCCUACCUCAGGGCAAACUGUCAAAAGCAGUUGUAUAGUCGGCACAAGGAAUAUCUCAACGGCCUUGUUGGCUCAGACUUUGAGAUGACUCUCCCUGGUGCACUUCGGCUGUUUGUGAAUGGAGAGAUAGUUUCAGCCCAGGGCUACGGGUAUGACCAUCUCUAUGUUCAUUUCUUCCUGGAGCUGCCCAGCCGUUGGUCGAGCCCAGCAUUCCAGCAGCUCUCUGGGGUGACGCAGACCUGUGCCACCAAGACCCUGGGCAGGGACAAUGUGGCAUACUUCUCCUACCCCUUUACUCUGGAGAUGUUUUUCACCCAAGAGGAUGAGUCAGAAGGCUCUCUCCCACUGUGGCCUGUGAUCUAUUUUGAGGUUCUCUCGCUGGAUUAUUGGCAGAGGUAUCGUGUUGAAGGUUAUGGCUCUGUGGUGCUGCCAGCAGCUCCAGGGUUCCACACCCUGACAGCCCCGACCUGGCGACCCACUGAGCUAGGGACGGUCUCUGAGCUGAGGAGGUUUUUCAUUGGUGGGUCCCCUGAACUGGAGGACAUGACCUACGUCAGGGUGCCAGGAAUCUUCAAGGGAGAGUGCCUGAGCCGCUUUGGUUUCCGCACAGAGACAACAGGGAGCGUCACGUUCCGGCUCCACUGCCUGCAGCAGUCCAGAGCCUUCCUGGAGUCCAGUGCCCUGAGGAAGCACAUGCAGAGUGUGCUGGACCGGCUCGGGGGCUUCAGCCAGCAGAACUCCCUCUACAGCGUCCUGGAGGCAUUCCAGAGGGCGCGGCGCCGGAUGCAGGAAGCACGUGAGAGCCUCCCUCAGGACCUGAUCAGCACCUCUGCCUCCACCGUGCAGCAGCCAUGAGCAUUGUGCUUCCAGCGGCUCCACUGGCACUGGGCCUGGCUGGGCACAGCAGCCUCUCUUCUAAAAGCACCUUGUGCAGCAAGAGUUUCAGCUCCAGCCCCUUUAGGCUUUGCAAGUGCCUCCCACUGCAGUUGUCAGCGUCUCUAGAAUGCCCAGCCCCCAUACUCUCGCAUCCCUACUGGCCCCAGUAAAGGGGCAUCUUCCCUUUGAGGUGAUGUCUGCCUCAGGAUCCCAUCUGGUGCUCCAAACUGGAGCCAGAGCCACUUCCCACCAAAAAGCUGGGUGUGCCCAGCACUGCCUGGGUCCCUGCAUGACAGGGUAACGAGUUGCUAGGCUGUCCCUGGUGCUGAUGUCCAAGCACUGUUUUAGAGCACUCCAUACAUGUUUGGUCCGAGGUAAAGCUCUGGAUUUCACUUGCUCACUGAGGGGUUCAGAGAGCCUCCCAAAGCCUGGGAGGGGCACUCAGGUCCUGGCUUUGGUAGCACCCUGUUUCCUCUGGGUAGUGCCUAAGAGAAGUUUCAUCUAUCACCAAAGAUAGACACAAGCAAGCCCCUCCCAUUCCUUUCCAGCAACCCCCAGGGUUUGGUACCAGCAAUCCCCUCCUUCCAGACCCAUAAGGUGGAAAGCUGGAGGCCCCUGUCCGUGAGUGCUGGGGUUACAGUAGGAGCACAGAUGCCCAGCCAAGGUGAGAGCAUGCAUGCAGAAUGCUGAUGGGCAGUGGCAUCCCUGCACUGUCAGAAUCAUGUCACACACCCUGCGAUCCUGCCUGCUGCACAUGUGCAGUGGGGGCUGUGCAAGAGAAAUGGAUGUUUGAUCAAAUUGCCAGGAAUUAAUUCUAGCCCAAAUGGUUCCGACCACUCUUCAGGAAUCCUUUUUCCUGACCACAUGGCACUUCUCUUUACCAGCAGCACUCAUUGCUGGCCACAGCUAGAGAUUUGUUGCCGAAGUCUAAAAGCCAUAGACAAUCGUUCCAUCACGCCUGCUAGGCAGGCUGUAAAACCAUCUGAGACUGGAUGUAGGAGCACUUGUUAUUUCUAUAGUGAUUGAGCAAGCAGCAAAUCUCUGGGCUAUAUUAGUAACUGACCUGAUAAGUUCUCUUUCCUACUGUGAGAAUGGGGAUGAUGAUGGAGAUCACGGGAUGGUGCCAUUGUAGAAGUUCUGCUUAACUGAAUGAGUAAGCAGGUAGGUCCUUGAGAAAUGCUAGUUGUUGGCAGCGAUACAGUUCUUUGUAUAAACCAGGUCUACUGCUACUAAAAUUGAUUCUCUCCA